AUGCCAAAUUCACGCAAAUCAUGUGCAUUGACAGAUUCAACAUUGGUCAAAACUCUCCAGCCCCUGGUCGACACCGGUGCGGAUCUGGCAGCACACAAUCAGAAGGGUUUCACCGCGCUCACGUACGGGGUCGAGACUGGAAAUGCGCUCGUGGUCGAGUACCUCACCGCCCGCAGAGCGCGGUUGAACACCGACUCGACCUUGGACCUGGUGAAGCUGCUUGUUGGUGCUGGGGCGUACGUCAAUCUGGUCGAUCCGCAGGUCGAUUCGCAGUUUCAUCAGGCUGCAUUCGAGCCUUCAGAGCGUGAUUUGAAGCUACUUACUGAAUCUGGACCCCUUAGACGUAGUUCUGACGGGCAGGCGCCCGCACUCAUUGUGCUGGAUGUCCAAGGCCGAACUACUUUGCAUCUCGCAGCCGCCAAUAGUGUCGGCCACUUUGAACUCAUUUUCGACCAGCGCGAGGAAAUCGAGGCACGAGGCCACGUCAGCCCCACUGUUUUGCACCGGAUUAUUCUCAAGGCGUAUCGAAGAGGUCAUCGGAUGGACGGGGGUUACGAUGCGCGGCGGGCCAGUGAUAGCCACUCGAGAGGUGUCGCUGCUUCGUUUACGGGGGCAUGCGAUGGCUGCUUCAUGGUAACCCUCUUCCCUCGCCUCCUGCUGUUCUUCCCUUGCCCUCCUGUUUCAUCCGUGCAUCCCAUUCCUCUACCCCAUAAACCGUGGAUAGACAGGCUGACGCCGUGGUGGAGCCUCAACGACUAUCGACACAAGUGCGAGAUUUGUCUGGACUUCAGCCUCUGCUAUAAGUACUAUCCAACGCGGCAGGAGACAGGUCAGGUUCUCGCGUCGACGGGAGCACACGACGAGUUUUUGACGGUCCCGGUGGAGGGAGGUAACAGCCGCGGGGUCGCUAGCUCGACGCUGGAUAAUUGUUCAUUGCUGCCAAGAUUUAAGGUAUUCCAGUUCUUCCACCUGCUGAUCGCGCUGCUCCUCCAGCUGCGUGAGGCACGGCACCGGACCGGCUUUGACAUCCGGCUGCUCUGUGAUGUCGCUAAUGAGACUCCGGUCUUCCUCGGACAGGAGUGCAGCCUUUUCAGCGACCAUUAUCUCGGUGCAGAUUUUCUCGAGGAGAUUCUUGGAGCAGUUGGACUUCUGUCCAUGGUGGGCAAUGGUUGUUAG